UGUGAAGGUAGAUUUAAUCUUUUGGACAUUUUGUCAAAACAUUUUGACCUGUACUGCUUAAUAAGAUUCGCGAUAAGCUCUGUGGAACAUACGGGCUUAUUCUCCUCUCGUGAAAUGUGUUUGCAACAUUUCAAGGCUCUUCACCUGUAUUGUUAUCGUACCCAACCCGGUCUGAUUGUCUUCGUCAGUGAUAUCCCCUUCUGAUAUACUCCAGUGAUUGGAUCCGACACUUUUCGGAAGGUUUAAUAUUGUGAUUGACAAAACUACCGGGAUUCGGUUUGGAUUUUCUAAUAGGAUUACACUGUGAUGAAAAGCAACAGGAAUUCUACAAGGGUUCGUGUUUGGUCCUCCCUAUUUCCCCAGAUGGAAUUUUUAUUUACAUGUAUGGACGACAACUUGUAGCAUUGCACCUCACGUAAUCAGCGUUUGAUCGUGAAAAGAAGUGUAACCAUUUUGAAACAUCGUGAUAUAUAUUGCUGAUAUGUUGUGCUACAUUCGGAAAUAAACUAAACUAUAUAUUUUGAUACCUCUAGCAACGUGAAAUGUUGAAUGGCCUUCAGCUUUGUGAUGAUAUGGUCCAAUGACUGAUAGGUCAGUCUGUCUGACUGUGAACAUCGCCAGGGAAUGGUAUUACGCUACCUAAAUAUUCCGUGGAUUAGACCUCAUUUUCCUGUACGUGCUCCAUGAAGGUUUACCAUCCGUGUCAAACAUUUAUUGACUAAGCAGAGCCAAGCGUCAAGAUGAAUACACCAGAACAGGAAGCACGACUACAGGAAAUAAAUGACCAUUAUGUUUCAAUUUUACUUCCGGCAAUAAUAGUCAUCGGGGUGCUUAUGGUUAUAGGUUUAUUCGGAAAUCCUCUAGUUAUUUAUUUUUACGGCUGUCGAAUGAAAACUACGGCAUCCUAUAUGUUAUUGUCACCCUGGCUAUCUUCGAUCUCAUAUCCUGCGUUAUUUCUAUGCCCAUGGAGAUUUCAGACUUAAUCAACUUUUAUACUUUCGACAGUGCCGCAACUUGUCGUGCUCUCCGUUUUAUAAAUUAUUUUUCCUGUAUUGGUUCCGGGACGACUCUAAUUGCAAUCGCAGUCGACCGAUUCCGGAAAAUCUGCAAGCCUUUCGAAGCGCAGAUCACCGAGAAAAUGGCGAGAUGGAUCAUUUUCGGAGUGAUUGUUUUCGCAUUGUUUUGUUCAUGGCCUGCCAUUUUUCUCAACACGGUGAUUCAGAAAAAUCUGACUGAGGAUACAUCUGUGGUAGCUCGUGAUUGCACUCUAAACCCAGACGAGGAUUAUAUACUAUUUGUGACAGUCUAUAAUUCGUACCUCUUCCUCUGUUUUAUCAUCGUUUUCAUCGUACUCACCGUCUUGUACACUCUAGUCGGGAGACAGCUGUACAAGUUGCGCAGCUUCCGGUUUUAUGCCACAGGGAUCGAGAGAAACUUAUCGUCUGCUCGUCCUACGAGUUCGAUGACAGUUGCUAGUGACGUGACACAUUCGGAAGGAAGAGGGAAAAUGGAUGAUUCCUCAGGUUUCGGAAACGACCUUCGAGACGGUGCGCUGUCCCCUAUUGGAGAAGACGAUUACGGUCGACCUACAUCGGCCAACUCGAUCGCCGUCAGCGCUAGGUCGCUGAAAAUGGGUCCACACAAAAUUAUCCCUCAGAUGAUAGACCCAGACCACAAAAAGGACAUUGUUAGUGGAAUGUCGUCAUCAGUUCGACAAACAAAAAGUUUCACAGAAAAAUCAGGCACGGACAAAAUUCCUGAAAAUAAUCGUAGAGUAAGUUCGGCAACUAUGGCGAACAGCAAAGAGAGAGCAAUGGGGCAUAAGUUCGGAAGUCCUUUACGAGAAGGGUCAGCUACGUCGAGGUUGUCCUUUGCGUCAACGACAAGCUCUAUGACGGACAUAGAAACUCGUGACUCCUUAGCAACCGGACAUAUGGACAACCAGAAGGAAAAAAUGCGAUCGCAAAAUAUCAACACCAAGCGAUAUACGAUCAUAGCUCUGUCUAUUAGCAUUGCGUUCGUUCUCAGCUUUUUGCCUUACUUGACACUUGUAAUAUGGUCAACGUUAUUUAUAACUUACGACCCGAACGACUUUACACCAGCUCAACUUGUAGCUAGUGAACUUUUCCAUAGGUCGUUCUUAUUUAACUGUGCUUUAAACCCCAUCAUCUACGGCUUCCUAAACACGGAAUUUAAGAAAAUGGUCUUUGGACAAUGUGCAAGAGUAUUAUGUUGUUGCUGCAAGUCUAGGCAUAAAGACGGUGACAUAACUAAUGCGGAACUUAGUGGAAUGUCCCGGUCGACAUAACUUUCGUCAUCUCCACUGUAGUGUCCCGUCAUUGCUAGUAAUAGCACCGUGCACUAUAAGACUGUGUUUACAUUUAUACUCCAGUGUCGAUAUAUUUAUAUAAAAACAAUUUGUACUCUAGUAAUAUUAGUGCGAUGUUGCCGAUACAGCUUCCAUUAAUCAAUGGAAUUUACUAACGUUCUCGGACUGGAACUCUGGGUAAGGGUUUUAGUUUUAAAGAAGAAUCUAUUUAUCGGCAUUGAGUUUUGGUUUUAGUAACUAUAACCGGGAUUCCUGAGUGAACUUUCAAUUGUGUUAUUCCCUAAAACCGAAUGGUCAGGGUUUCCUUUAAAGCAGUCAUCACUUAAAACAUACUAUUGUUCGAUUUGCUUUUCAUUCAUUUAUAUCGAAUAAAAAAAUGUGUCUCCUUAGAAAGUAAAAAUGAUCAUAAGCUUAUUUUGACACAAGUUUUCAUCUUAUCAAAAACUUAUCUCAGGGAAUAAAAUGAUUAUCAUCUAUGACGUCAUAAACUAUAAUGGAGUUAUCUCCCUUUCUAGGUUCUAUUGACGUUUGUUUGUUAAUCGAUUAUCGUAGAUACUCAGAAAAGACAUUGGAUAUAAGCAUUUAACGUCACAAGUUUUCUGAAAAAUCUCUUGAUAUGUUAGUUACUUAAUUACGUAGAAAAAAAUAAGUUUAAUUUAAUUUAGAGCGAAUAAUCUAGGAUUUCUUUGCUUUGUAUAUUAUACAAAUGUAUAACGUUAGUGCUUUAGUUAUUGUAUCGGUUGAUAACUUUAUGGAUGACUUGCUAGGCCCGUUUUUGUUUACCUGUCUUUAUAACUGUUUUAUUUCAAGCUAUAAACAAGGUUUGUAGUGGCAAAGGGGAGAUAACUAUAAGAGUGUUUAAAAAGAAAUCAAAUUUCAAACAUGAUUCCUAUGUCCCUGAUAUUUUUUAUCAUUUAAUUGUUUAUUUUAUACUGUAUCAUAUUUUUGCCAACAAUUAUAAUCCAAUAUCACCUUUAUUUAAACGUUAACUAUUUAAGAUUUUACGUUUUGUUGUCACAUGUCUAGGUAAUGGUACGUGUAUGUACAUUAUUUAAACUAAUCACCGGUCUUAGCUGUACAGGUUAACAUUUAUAUUAUUGUUUUGUUAGUGUUGAUAACAAAGAUUGAUGCUGUAAGAAUGUAAGAAGAAAUAAAACAUGUUCCGAAGAGGAAUAUGAUUGAAAAAAUUGU